CCGUCGCUUUGGAUAACGUCAUCUUCCUGCUUUUUCACAUAGCAAACUUCUCCACGGCGCGAACGUUCAACAUGGAAAUAGAGUGGUGAUGACAAAUUGUGAGGUCAAGUUUGAGAACCAAAUAUCCUAAAGAAAAAGGGAAAAUAAAGAGAUGAACAAAGUGGAGGAGAUAUCCAGAGCCACUACGGAGAUGCUGUAUUUAAAUAUGAAGAUGUAGUUUUUAAACUGAUGAGAAAGGAGAGAAACCCUCACUACAAAGGGGCCUCACUUUACUGAAUACCAUGGAGAAAAGAAGUUUGAACAUUAAGGAAGAGGACUGCGAAUGGGAACGUAUGCACCUUCUGCUGAAGAAUCCCGACAUUAAAGAAGAGGAUUAUGACUCUGCAGCUAUAAGCAUUAAAGAAGAAUCUGCAGCAGCAUCUGACAGUACCCAAAUGCAGAACAAUGAACUUGUACAUCAUGUCAAGGAAGAAGAUAUCAAAUCAGAGUCUGUCUCUCAGUGUGUAUGUUCACAUGAAGAUAUGCCUGGAUCAAGUAAGUACUUAUCCUUACAGAAUCAUUCUGUCCAUGGGAACUCGGAAAGUUUGAAGUCUGACAUGAAGAGAAAUGAGAAGGAAUCAGAUUUGUGUCAUACUGAAGACUUACAAAUAAACAGACCAUUCUGCCUGUCUUCAUUUCCUCAAACUGUUCUUAACCACAGCUCCCAUCAAGAUGAAAAUGUGAAAAAACUGACAACUUUGUGUAGUUCUCUGCCUGCUGUAAAGUUGUCAAUAGUAGACACCAUCAACACUCAAAAAAUGUCGCUUAAUACAAGGCUAACGGCUUUGAAUGUCUGUCGAAAGCAGAGAUCAUCUAAACAAAAAUCUAAAACCAAACAUAAAUUGAGCCUCAGAAGACCAAAGCCAUAUUAUUGUUCUAAAUGUGACAAACAACUCUUCUCCAGCAGUAGUUUUAAGAUCCACUCAAGAAUUCACUCUGGAGAGAAGCCGUAUUGCUGCACUGAAUGUGGAAAAAGAUUCUCCAGCAGUACCAGUCUUCAGAUGCACACAAGAACCCACACGGGAGAGAAGCCAUAUUGGUGUUCUGAAUGUGGCAAACGAUUCUCUUGCAGUAGUCACCUUCAGACCCACAAAAGAAUCCACUCUGGAGAAAAGCCAUAUUGCUGUUCUGAAUGUGGUAAGCGAUUCUCCAACAGUAGCAACCUUCAGAAGCACACAAAGACUCACACUAAAGACAAGUCCUAUUCCUGUCCCAAAUGUGGCAAACAGUUCUUCUCCAGCAGUAGUCUUCAAGGCCACAUAAGAAUUCAUUCUGGAGAGAAGCCAUAUUCUUGUUCUGAAUGUGGUAAACGAUUCUCCCGAAAUAGCAGUCUUCAAAUGCACAGAAGAAUUCAUACUGGAGAGAAGCCAUUUUGCUGUUCUGAAUGUGGCAAACAGUUCUCACAAAUAAGCAAUCUUCGGAUCCACAAAAGAAUUCACACCGGAGAGAAGCUAUAUUGCUGUUUUGAUUGUGGUAAACAGUUCUCGCAAAAAGGUAAUCUUGAGAAGCACAUAAGGAUUCACACUGGAGAAAAGCCAUUUUGCUGUUCUGAAUGUGACAAACAAUUCUCCAGCAGUACCAGUCUUCAGAUUCACACAAGAACUCACUCUGGAGAGAAGCCAUAUUGCUGUUUUGAAUGUGGUAGACGAUUCUCCAGCAGUACCACUCUUCAGCGACACACAAGAAUUCACACUGGAGAAAAGCCAUAUUACUGUUCUGAAUGUGGUAGACAAUUCACUAGCAGUGGCAAUCUUCAGAGGCACACAAGAAUUCACACUGGAGAGACCUCUGGUUGCCAGGUGGAAGGUCCUAAUGACCGAGGGAUUGUCCACAUAAAGACGUAAUAAAGUUGCCAGUAAUUUAAUUGAAAAAUCAGCAGUUAUAUACAACCAACGUGUACCACAGAGACACUGGGAUACAUAAAAUAAGGAGGUGUUAGUCAUUUGAGACGCAUUGAUCUCAACAGAUUGAAAAGUGAUGACAGGAUACUGGACAUAGCUAUUAAAGAAGUUUGAUCUGGAAGGGACUGGAUACUGGAAAUUUCAGUUCCAACCGAGUAUUCAGUGCUGAAAUUGGGAAGACUAAAACUGAAGUACCAAGAAAUGCAAUCCAGAGAUGUGACACAUGUAGAACACAACAAAUAGCCUAAGCUGAGCUAGUGGUGCUGUAAUGCACAGGACUAAUCUGAAGAGACUUAAGUCCCACACAAGAGUCUGUACCAGGAAAAAAAGCCAUAUUGCUGUUAUGACUGUGUCAAAUGAGUUAUUACCAAUUACAAUCUCCAUACCUGCAGAAGAACUCCCUGGAUGUCGCAUAUGUUUUGUUUAACAAAUUAGUUCUCUCCAUAUAUGUUCUAUUGGAUUUAAGUCUGGGCUUUGGCCAGGUCACUCUAGCAUUGUCUUGGCUGUGUGUUUUAGGUUAAUAUUGUGCUGAAAGGUGAACUGUUGCUGUAGUCUGAGCUGGCAUGCAGGUUUUCUUCAAGGUCCUCUCUGGAUGUGACUUCAUUCCUCCUUCCCUCAAUUCUGACCAGCCUUCUUGUCCCUGCUGUUCAUAACCAAUCCCAUAGCAUGAUGCUGCCACCACCAAACUUCAGUAGAAGAGGAUGGAAUUCUCUUAGGCAGGGAGAUACACUGUUCCUGGUCUUCUCCAGCCAUAAACUCUUCGGACAGAAUUCCGAGCACUAAUUUAUUUCUCAUCAGACCAGAGAAUCUUUGUACUUAUGUUCUCAGAUUCAUUUAAUGCUAUUUGUCAAACUCCAGCCAGGCAUUUUACUCAAAAGUGUCAUCCAUCCAGCCACUCUGUCAUAACCCCCAAUUGAUGAAGUGCUGCUGUGGUGGCCUUCCUUCUGACAGAUCUUCCCAUCUCAGCAUUGGGUUUUGAUGACCUCUCAGACCAAGGCUCUUCUUGUCUGUUUACUCAGUGUGGUAAAUCUAGUUAAGUUUGGCUCCAAACUUCAUCCAUUUCACGAUUAUUGAAGCCAUGGUGCUCCUGGGAACACUCAAAUCUUUAGGAAGGAGUUUAUCCCCUUACCCAUAUCUGUGCCUCACCACAAUUUGAUCAUGACUUGGUCUUUGUCCUGAGAUGCAGCGUGAAUGGUGGGACUUCAUACAAACUCCUUUCUAAACAAUGCCCAGUCAAUUCAGUUUGCCAUAGUUGAACACCCAUCAAGUUCUAGACACAUCUGAAGAAGAAUUCAAGAAAACAGGAUACACCUGAGCACAGUUUGUAGUAUCACAGCAGAGGGUCUGAAUGCUUAUAUAAAUGAGUUUUACUUUGAUUUUUAAUAAAUCUGCAGCCACUUCAGAAAA